UUUGAGCGUUUGUUUUGUCGAGUGAUGCAGUGUAGCAGGCCGCGCCUUGUAAUCCAAGCAUAAACCUUCGGAGAUAAAAUUUGAUGCUGGGACCCUCCUUCUUAGUACACAUCGAUUAAUUUGGAGAGAUCAGAGAAAUCAUGAAUGCUGCAUGGCUAUUCCUCUUUCUCAAAUUGUGUUCAUUGAAGAACAGGCGGCUGGAAUUGGGAAAAGUGCUAAAAUAGUGGUUCAUCUUCACCCAGCUCCUCCUAACAAAGAGCUUGGUCCAUUACAGAGUAGUAAGAACUCCUACAUCAAACUCUCCUUCAAAGAACAUGGCCAGAUUGAGUUUUAUAGGCGUUUAUCAGAGGAAAUGACACAGAGAAGAUGGGAGAAUAUGCCAGUUUCCCAGUCAUUCCAAACAAAUAGAGGACCACAGCCAGGAAGAAUAAGGGCUGUAGGAAUUGUAGGUAUUGAAAGGAAACUGGAAGAAAAAAGAAAAGAAACUGACAAAAACAUUUCUGAGGCCUUUGAAGACCUCAGCAAGCUAAUGGUCAAGGCUAAAGAAAUGGUGGAGUUAUCAAAAUCAAUUGCUAAUAAGAUUAAAGACAAGCAAGGUGACAUCACAGAAGAUGAGACCAUCAGGUUUAAAUCCUAUUUGCUGAGCAUGGGAAUAGCUAACCCAGUUACCAGGGAAACCUACGGCUCAGGCACACAGUACCACAUGCAGCUGGCUAAACAGCUGGCUGGAAUAUUGCAGGCACCUUUAGAGGAACGAGGGGGUAUAAUGUCACUCACGGAGGUGUACUGUUUAGUAAACCGAGCUCGAGGAAUGGAAUUGCUCUCACCAGAAGAUUUAGUGAAUGCAUGCAAGAUGCUGGAAGCUCUGAAAUUACCUCUCAGGCUCCGAGUUUUUGACAGUGGCGUCAUGGUAAUUGAGCUUCUGUCCCACAAGGAAGAGGAAAUGGUGGCCUCAGCCUUGGAGACAGUUUCAGAAAAGGGAUCCCUAACAUCAGAAGAGUUUGCCAAGCUUGUGGGAAUGUCUGUCUUGCUGGCUAAAGAAAGGUUGCUUCUUGCAGAGAAGAUGGGCCAUCUUUGCCGAGACGACUCAGUGGAAGGCUUGCGGUUUUACCCAAAUUUAUUUAUGACACAGAGCUAAGGGUUUUUUGUAUUUGAAAUACUUCUUAUCCAUGUACUUGCAUCAUGUAGAGGAUGUAUGAUACUGAGCUAAGGGUAAACUCUGAUAAACAGGAUUCACUGGAACUGUAAAACCCUUUUAAUUUCUUCCUAAUAUUAUGGGGUAGGAAGUUGAUUUAGGACGAAUAUAGGAAAAUACAGAAAAAUGAAUGCCAAUGGGAAUUUAAAAUCAUGCUACAGUUAUAUAGAACCCUCAUAGUUUAACUUGAAAUAUAGUGGAUUUUAACUUGAUCAUCAAAUCUAACCAUUUUUAAGAAAGGGAUUUAGUUCAUGGGAGAAGAAAAAGAGAAGCUGCAUGUUUAGACAGGUUAAUUUGUUAUUUUGGUGUGACUAAAAGUCACUGAAUUAUAAAUAAGUGAAGUUUUUGUCCAGUCUGGGGGGUUUUUAUGAAGCAAGUCCUACAUUCAGUGUAGUUUAAGAACCUGACAACAUUGGAACAAAAUAUCAAACUGCGGCGUGCCAUAGGAGGCUCCUUCUAAGGGCUUUUAUUAGAAACAGUCAUAACAUGUCUUCAACAGACAAAGCACCUUAAAAAAGGAGAGAAUUGUAUCUGACUCACAUAUAUAUUACCUGACUAGUUUUUUUUUUUAAGUGAUGAUUUCAUGCCUGACAUUUAAAGUAUGCAACUAUGUCAUUUUGUUUAAAAAAUGCUGUGGAUCUUGAAACUGAAUUAAAGAGCUGUACAGACAUGCCCAGAGAUAUGAUUACAAAUCUGGGUAGUAGAUGGCUCAGGAACAUAAAAGUGGAAAAAUAA